AUGCCGCCAGGCGCUAGAAGAACUCGGCCUUGUGAUGCGUGUCGCAAGCGCAAGACCAAGUGCCACACCGAGGAUUCGGAGAGAGUCUGUGUGCUUUGCAGAUUCCACGGUCAACGUUGCACAUACGAACAGAACCCCAGACCAAGGAGACGUACUGUAUCAUCGGCGGAGAGCAUCAGCGGAUACCGUACAGGACUGAGCCCACAUACCACCAGGACGAUACCUGGGACCGGUGUCGAAGAAUAUGAUGCUUUACCGGACGGCACAACCUUGCUCAAACGGACCCUCGGUCUGCAGAAUCUACACCACAGCCAAUACUUAGGAGUCAACAACUCUUUGAACGUGUGCGGACUAAAUCUCAAGAACAGUGUACACGCCAAUGUACGGCCCGAAAAUUGCAUCAAGGUUCGCUAUGUCCAUCAGGAUCACGCCUUCAAGAUUCUAUCGGAUGCAAGUGUCCCGGUAAAUGCUGAUGAAACAUCGGUAUUGGACGCCAUUGAGAGCUCAGUCUACGGUCAUGGACCCGAUCUUGUUGAUUUAUACUUCCGAAUUGUUCAUCCCGCCUUUCCAAUUUUGCACAAGCAGGUCUUCUUGGAGAAGUAUGCGCGUUCGUAUCGCGAGUUUUCUCCACCACUACUGGCAGCUGUAUAUCUCUUAGCAUCGGGCUACUGGAGCUACAGUGACUCUCUGAAUACAAAAUCAAAGCCUCCGACUGAGCCCUUGAAAAGACUUGCUUUGGAUUCCCUCCAUAUUGCGAUGCAGCGAGCGAAGCUUUCGACUAUUCAGGCAUGCUUACUGAUCUCACAAGAACAAGCUACAGACUUCAGAGAUGCCUCUAGCGAGACCCACUUGAGCAUGACUUCUCAGCUCGUGCAGCUCGCCCAUCGACUUGGCUUACAUCUAGACGCCGCAGAGUGGGACAUUCCAGAAUGGGAGAUCGGUCUUCGACGGCGCUUGAGUUGGGCUGUGUUCAUGCAAGAAAAAUGGCUAGCACUCGUGCAUGGACGACCGUCUCUUAUAUCCUCCGAAACGUGGGAUGUCGGGACUCUGGAGCCUGAAGACUUCCCCGAGACCGACGAGGAUGACACUGUUGGUAGCUCUGAAGUCGAAAAAGGCAGACUCGUUUUCAUGCACAUGGCUGGUCUAGCCGAGAUGCUGUCGGAUCUAUUGGUUGAUCUGUUCUCACCGCGCGCACAACGCUUGAUCCGAUCUGACUCAAAUGCUCUUGUAGGCCUCCUAGAGCGAAUUAAACCUUUACAAAUCAGGCUCAAAGACUGGUUUGCGACAUUACCUGAAGGACUAAAGAAAGAUACUGCGACGUCGAUGAAGCUAUCCUCAGUUGGCUAUUUGCGACUAGCCUACCUUGCGAUCGAAGCUAGUAUACACCGUCAAAUCACUUUGACGCUGGUACAAUGUCCUCAGACCGAUUCGCAACUAAUCACAAUUUGUCGCAAUGCAGCCAGAGAACGAUUCACCAACGCUUUCGAUUUCUUGAACGGGCUACAAGCAUCACAUCUGGCGUCUUUCUGGUACCUGACGAGUCCCGAGUGCGCUGCAACGAUUUAUCAUCUGGGCAGUCUUCUCGAAACCUUAGCAGAAGACAUGGAAGAGAAGGAAAAUCUCGGACAAAUGCUUAAGGCGUGUCGAUGGGCAUUUAAAGUCAACAGGGAGGCUGGUGCAAGCUUCACGAGGCACGCGUUGUCAUUACUGGAUGCUUCAGAGAGAGUCACAGUCAUUUCAACCGGAGAAUCAAGCGAGCAUGAUUAUGUGCUUGGCGGCUACCAGGCCGACGGCCGGCGGCGGUCCGCUUCGCCGAACUCUAAAGUGGGCAGCCACCAAUGGAUGCUUCUUCAAAACAUCCUUAAGAGCUCAUAUUGA